UAUACUACUAUUUUUUAAUAUUUAUUAUUUACGUUAUACAAUCAUAAUAUACUUUUAAGUUUUAACUUAUAGCUUUUAAGAAUUGUUUUAAAUUUGUCGUAGUACGUAGAAUGUUCAUCAGCUUUACGUACGGAUUUCGUAUUGGUGUCUUGAGAAAUCCUUCAUUUUAUUACAUCGAAUUCUUAUGUUAUUGCAUCGUGCUGGACACCUGCAAAAAUAUAGUGUUAAUUGAACAGCCAUAAAAUAUCGCUUAAAAGCCUGUGAUUCUACAAUGGAGCAGAACAACGAUACAUUAGGUGUCGAAGAUGUUGUGUUUAUGCUGCUUGAAACAUUAAAGUCUAAUGGCACAUUUGAUGAAAUCCGUAGGCAUUGUAUUACUGAUAUCGAUGCUAAGCCAACUUACCAAAAUUGGAAACAGCGCAUAGAAUCAAAUGUCAAAAAAUUCUUAAGUAAACAGAAAUAUACACCGGAAUUAAAUAAAAACACUGUUCGUGAACGUCUUAGAAAACAUUUACUUGAUGGACGUGAAACUCAGGAUAUUGAAGAAGGAGCUGAUAGAAUCCUUACUCAAGUACUUGCACCCCGUUCAUUAAGUAUUUUUGAACCUAAAAUAGCAGUUGCUGUUGAUGAAUACUUGGGAAUCAAAAAUGAAGCACCUCCAAUUGAACUAAAUGGAUUAAAAGAAUCUAGUAUGAAUUUAAUAAAAGCAUCUAAUAUUGAAAUUAGCACUGUUCGCAAUCCUAAAAUAGAUUUUAUCCCAGAUGCUGAAAACAUCGUGUGUGAUAAAACACUUAAAGGUGAUGGAAAAGACUUGAGAUCAGACAAAAAAGAAAAAUCUUCAAGUCUUUGUAAAGAGCCAAAGACAUUAAACGGCAAUCAAAGUGAAGAUGAAAAUGAUGCAGGAGGAUCUUCAAAACAAAAAAGUAGCCAACACAAAAAUAAAACUUCUACAUCUGACAAGUCUAAGUCUUCCUCUAACAAUCAUAAAAGUAGUAAAAAAGAUAAUAAUUGUAAAGAAGUUGUUGAAAAAUCUAAAAAUCUAAUUGAAAAAUCUAAAGAUGUCAUUAAUAAGCCUAAGGAUGUCGUUAAUAAGUCUAAAGAUGUUAGUAAGCCUAACGAUAUUGUUGACAAAUCUAAGGAUAUUGUUGAAAAAUCUAAGGAUAUUGUUAAUAAGCUUAAAGAUGUUAGUAAGUCUAAAGAUAUUGUUGAUAAAUCUAAGGAUAUUGUUAAUAAGCCUAAAGACAUUGUUGAUAAACCUAAAGACAUUGUUGAAAAAUCUAAAGACAAUGUUAAUAAGCCUAAAGACAUUGUUGAUAAGUCUAAGGAAAAAUCAUUUUUAUCAAAGAAUUCUAAUAGUUCAAGUCAUAAAAGUAACCGAACAGAUAGGAAAAGAACUAAACGUUCUCUUGAAGAGAAAAAAAAAUCGUCUAGUCUUUGUAAAGAGCCUAAAUUAUUGAAUGGUCAUCGAAGUGAUGAUGAAAGUAAUUCAGGAGGAUCUUCAAAACACAAAAGUACUAUACACAAAAAUAAAAGUUCUUCAUCUGACAAGACCAAAUCAUCCUCAAGUAAUCAUAAAAGUAGUAGAAGAGAUAAUAAUAGUACAGACGUUGUUGAUAAGUCUAAGGACAAAUCUUUGUCAAAAAAUUCUAGUAGUACUGACAUUGUAAAUAAAUCUAAAGACAAAUCUUUGUCAAAGAUUUCUAAUAGAAUCGUUGAUAAGUCUAAAGAUAAAUAUUUAUCGAAGAAUUUAAGUAGUACUGACUUUGAUAGGUCUAAAGACAAAUCUUUGUCAAAGAAUUCUACUAGUUCUGACAUUGACAAGAUUAAAAAGAGAUCUUUGUCAAAAAAUUCUAGUUGUAUAGACAUUGUUGAAAAGUCUAAAAACAAAUCUUUGUCGAAGAAUCCCAGUAGUACAGAUGUAAUUGACAGUUCUACAAUUAAAUCCUCUUUAAUAAAAAAUACUAAAUGCACAGAUGUCGUUGAAAAAACUAAAGACAAAUCUUUGUCAAAGAUUUCUAGUAGCUCAAGUCAUAAAAGUAAUCAUACUGACACUAAAAGACUUAAACUUUCUCAAGCGGUAACAAAUGAAUCACUUACAAAUAAAGUUAGUGAUGAAGAAAUGAAACCAAAAGAAUCAGAAGAACCAGAAAAAUCCGAAUGGAACGAUUUUCGAAAUUCUAUUAUGACAAAUGAUGAACAAGAUGCAGCAAAUGUAUUGUUAUCAAUGAGUGCAAUUUCUUAUGAAAGUUCUCAUAGUGAAAUUAUAACAGAAAAUAUAAUUUUUAUAGAAAAUUCUUCUCCUAUUAUUGAAACCUUUAAUACAACUAAAACAGUAAAUGAAUUAGAAAUUGAAGAAAAUUCUGAUCAAAUGAAAAUUCUACCAUCUAGUGAUAAUGAUGAUAUUAAAGAAAACUGUCAAUUAAAACCAAAUAAUUUAGAUGCAUCACAAUCGCUAAAUUCUAUGAAAAGUAUACCAAACAUCGGCCAUUUGUUAGAGAAAGAAUGUUCUGUUGAUAUUGAAAGAUUACCAUGUAAAGAUUUAAAAUUGGAAUGUAGCUCUGUUAAUAGUGUUGAUAUAACAGAAGAACAUCAAAAACCAGAUGAAAUAGUAGUGGAUGAAAAAGAAUUUAAAAUAUUAAUUGAUGAAAUAAAUUUGGAAACAAGUGAAAAUGAAAAAACCAGUGAAUAUACUAAUUCUAAUGAUAUUCUAAAAGUACCUAAACUAAAAUUAAAACUAUUACCAAAUCAAAUUGAUUCCAUAAAUAAAAUUAAAAGAAAAAAACAUCAUAAACAUAAAGAAUCUAAAAAAUUGAAACUUUCAAAAUCGUUAGAUAUUCCUAUUGAAGUUAGUGUUUCUGUUAGUGUAUCUACAAAUGAAAUGUGUGAUAAAAUAGAUCAAAAAUCUAACAAUGGCAUAGAUGUAAUAAUGAAUGAUUCUGCAAGUACCUUAUCCAAUCAAAUAUUACACAAGGAAAUAGAAAAUAAUAGUGUGAAAGUGUUAGAUGAUGACGAAUCACUUUACACCUUCAAAGGAUUUUCUGAAGCAGAUGCUAUUCCAUGUAAAAACUAUAAACUAUUAAAAAAUGUGAUCAAAACCUUACAAAUACAGAUGAAUAAACAUGAUGAAAUUGAAAAUGGUUUUAAAGGUUUUACCAAUGCAGAAACAAAUCCAUGUAAACAUCGAGAUAAUGUUUAUGCAGAGCUAAUUAAGUUGAAAGAAAGUAAAUCCAAUACAGGCUUUAUAGGAUUCUCCAAAGAAGAUACUGCAAUGAGUAUUGGAUAUAAAUAUGUUGUUAAACAACUUGAACUUGCCAAAAAACAAAACAAUGUAGAUAAUCAUCAACAAAAUGUGAUCUGUGGUGGCAAUGGGAUCCAGAAAGGAAAAACAUUUAAUGAAGUUAUGGCAGCAUAUUUAUAUAAAAGUAAUAAUGAUAAUGAUGCAAAGUCAAAAGGGAAUUACAGCAAACCAAUUAAUGAUACAAAAAAAGAAAGUCCUACUGUGAAUAAUAAUAACCACAAUCACGACAAUUGGGUUGCUGAACAAGAAAUGAAGUAUAAACUUUUACCUGUAAAAGUGAAACUUGAAAGACUAAUGGAGUAUGGAUGUAAUAAUGCUAAGCGUGUGUCUGGCUCUCCACAGGUACCCAUAUAAUUAACAGUAGUAAAUAACAUUUAUAACAAGAAUCACGUCUUCAAUUAUUUUUUCAAAAAUAUUUGAAAAAAAGGAUCAGAAAGAAGUAUAUUUGUCUAACAGAUAUGAUCAACAAACUCUGAACCUAUUUAAGAUACGACUGUUCCCUACCUUUUCAGUACAAUCCACAAACUUACAAUGCGUGUUUAUUAGGUAUUUAUAUAAUUUCACUAUUUCAGUACCUAAAUUUAUAUUUUAUUUAUUAUAAUUUAUUAUGUCCAAUAUCAUACUAUUUGAUUAGGAACAUUUAAGUAAAUAAAAUUAAUUAUAAUAAUCAUUCAUCAAAUGAAAAUGAAUUGUAAUAAUGUUCUCUUCAAUAUUUUUUUCUAUGUUAAUUACAUUAUAUAAGUAAAUUUAUGUACAAUUUUAAUUUUCUUAAUAUAUUUAAGAAAACAAAAUCCUUCAUCAUAAAUUACAGUAUUUAACAAUCAACUAUUAAUUGUAAACAUGCAAUAAAGUACCUUCUGCUUAAUAAAGUAAAUACCAAGUACUUUAAAAUAAAUAUCUACACUGCCUGAAUUCAAUAAUAUAGUUAUUGUUUUGUAAUCCUAUUGGAUUCUUUACAAUCCUGUUGUAAAUUAAAUUAUUGUUUUGAUCAAUAUGAUGUUAUAUUUUAUUAUAAUAAAUUAAGUAAGCUAAUUUUUACUCAUUUUUUUUUUAUAUUUAUGUAUUCACACAACAUAUAAUAUAAAUUAUGUAAAUACUUUUUAAAUGUAAAUUUGUUUGUUUAUUUUAGAAUAAAAUUAUGGUUUUUAUUUGUACAUACUUUGUAAUAUGUAAUACCAUUAAAUAUAUACAUUUUGUUAAAUAUGUAUUGUUAAAAUAUAGUGUAAAUUUUUUUUAAACUUAAUAUUUUGUUAUUUAAGUUAAUUUACACUAAUCAUAUUAUUAUUAAGCAAUAUUGUUAUGGAAUGCAUUUUCUUUUCAGAUUAAAUUAUAAAGUAACAAUACCAUUUGGCUAAUGUUUAUUGUAUUCAUUGUAGAUUUUUUUUAAAUGUUGGAUAGUUAAAGACCAGAUCUCGUAAUAAAACACUGAGCAAAUUUUAUGAGGUCAGAUGUUGAAUAUAAAAUAUAAUUAUUAUUUAUUAUGAU